CGUGAACUGUGCUCAAAAUUUUCAACCUCUCAAAGCAGCUCUCGUGUUAUAACCAAUAGUUUGUUGCAUUUCCGCACUUCGCUUACUACAACGCUGACGUAAGUUAGAAAAAACACUACACCUGCAGGCUCAAUUAGCCUUGACUGGCCACCAUGUCGGUCCGGCCAAACUUCCGGCAAUGGCCUUCUACAAUGUUUCUGUUUCUUCUUUUGUUGACCCUAAUUUCUUUUGCAGAGGCUGAUGAGCUGCAGAUAUUGCUGAACUUCAGGUCUGCUCUAGAAAGGUCAAAUACUAAUGUUUUCAGUUCAUGGACAAAGGGAAAUUCUCCAUGUAACUUCACAGGAGUUGUUUGCAAUUCGAUUGGAUUCGUGAAGGAAAUCAAUCUUCCCCAACAGCAGUUGUUUGGUUCUCUUCCUUUUGAUUCCAUCUGCGAGCUAAAGUACCUGGAGAAGAUUGAUCUAGGAAACAAUUCUUUGCAUGGCAAGAUUACUGAGGACCUGAAGAAAUGUGCAGGGCUGCAGUAUUUGGAUUUGGGACGGAAUGCUUUUUCUGGAGAAGUGCCUGAAUUGUCUUCUUUAAAUGGAUUGAAGUUCUUGAAUUUGAACAAUAGUGGAUUUUUCGGGCGUUUCCCAUGGAAAUCACUGGAAAAUCUCACAGAACUGACUUUCUUAAGCCUUGGUGACAAUCCCUUUGACUUAACUCCAUUUCCUUUGGAGGUCCUGAAGCUUGAGAAGUUGUAUUGGCUUUAUCUCACGAAUUGCAGCAUCACAGGACAGAUUCCUGAGGGAAUUCAGAACCUCACUCAGCUACAAAAUCUUGAACUCUCUGAUAACAGGUUGUCAGGUCCAAUCCCAGCCGGAAUUGUGAAACUCAACAAACUUUGGCAACUGGAGCUUUACAACAACUCAUUGUCAGGAAAACUUCCUGUUGGAUUUGGGAAUCUCACAAGUCUUGUGAACUUUGAUGCGUCAAUGAAUAUGCUUGAAGGCGACCUAUCAGAGUUGCGAUCCUUGAAAGAGCUUGCUUCUUUGCAGCUCCUUGAAAACCAGUUCUCAGGAGAGAUUCCUGAGGAGUUUGGUGAAUUCCAGAACCUUAAAGGAUUGUCACUUUACAGGAACAAGCUCACCGGUCAGCUUCCUGCAAAAAUUGGCUCGUGGUCAGAUUUCAUUUUCAUAGAUGUUUCGGAGAACCUUUUGGUAGGUCCUAUACCACCAGACAUGUGCAAGAAUGGCAAAAUGGUUGAACUUCUUUUGCUACAGAACAACUUCACUGGCACCAUCCCAGAAAGCUACACAAACUGUAAGUCCUUGGUUCGUUUACGAAUAAAUAGCAAUUCUCUCUCUGGUACAGUUCCUGCUGGAAUAUGGAGCUUGCCAAAUCUCUCCAUAAUUGAUCUCACCAUGAAUCAAUUUGAAGGUCCAGUGGCAGGUGAUAUUGGUAAUGCUAAGUCUCUUGCACAACUAUUUUUGGCCAAUAAUCGAUUUUCAGGUGAAUUGCCUACUUCAAUCUCUCAAGCUUCAUCAUUAGUCUCAAUUCAGCUUACUUCAAAUAAAUUUUCCGGCCAAAUUCCGGCAACCAUUGGAGAAUUGAAACACCUUGGCAGUCUUUAUUUGAAUGGUAACAUGUUUUCUGGUACAAUGCCGGACUCAUUAGGCUCAUGUGUUUCUCUGACUGAUGUAAACCUUGCUGGUAACUCACUUUCUGGGCAAAUUCCUGAUUCUAUUGGAUCUUUGCGUAAUCUGAACUCCUUGAAUUUCUCUGAUAACAAACUCUCUGGUGAAAUUCCAACUACUUUUUCAUCUUCGAGAUUAAGCCUUCUAGACUUGUCCAACAACAAGUUGGUUGGUCCCAUACCCACAUCUCUAGCUAUUCAGGCUUUCAAGGAUAGCUUUGAGGGGAAUCCAGGCUUAUGCAGCUCAAAUCUGGAUGACUUUCAGCCAUGUUCAUCAAAUCCUGGUAGAUCUAGUCAUCUUCCAACAUUUUUAUCUUGUUUCAUAGCUGGAAUAUUAGUCCUGCUUAUAUCACUAGGAUGUUACCUGUUUGUGAGGGCAAGGCAGAGUAAUCUUGAUCAUCCAUUGAGGCAGGGUUCAUGGGACAUGAAAUCAUAUCACAUGCUAAGUUUCACCGAAAAGGAUAUCAUUGAUGCCAUCAAAUCAGAGAAUUUAAUAGGUAAAGGAGGAUCGGGAAAUGUCUAUAAAGUUAAAUUGGUAGAUGGCAAAGAACUGGCUGUGAAGCAUAUUUGGACCUCAGAUUCUGGCAACCGUAGAAGCUACCGAAGCACUGCUGCUAUGCUAACAGAAAGGAACUUUCGGUCAAUGGAAUAUGAUGCUGAGGUGGCCGCAUUGAGUGCCAUUAGGCAUGUGAAUGUGGUGAAGCUGUACUGCAGCAUCACAAGUGAGGAUAGCAAUCUGCUGGUUUAUGAGUAUUUACCUAAUGGGAGCUUGUGGGAUAGGCUGCACUCAUGUCACAAGAUAAAGAUGAGCUGGGAGCUGAGAUAUGCCAUUGCAGUAGGGGCUGCUAGAGGGUUAGAGUAUUUGCACCAUGGAUAUGAUAGACCUGUUAUACACCGCGACGUGAAGUCAAGCAAUAUUUUGUUAGAUGAAGAGUGGAAGCCAAGGAUUGCUGAUUUUGGACUUGCAAAGAUUGUGCAGAAUGGUGGUGGAGGGGAUUGGACUCAUGUUAUAGCUGGAACUCAUGGCUACAUGGCUCCUGAGUAUGCAUACACAUGCAAGAUAAACGAAAAGAGCGAUGUUUACAGCUUUGGAGUUGUCUUGAUGGAGUUGGUCACAGGAAAGAGGCCGGUAGAGCCAGAAUAUGGAGAGAACAAGGACAUAGUGUACUGGAUCCAAAACAAACUGAAGAGCAAAGAAAAGUUGGUUGAGGUGGUGGACUCGAACAUCUCAGAGGGUCUAAAGGAAGAUGCCAUCAACGUGUUACGGAUUGCAGUUCUCUGCACAACAAAGUUUCCUGCACUUAGACCUAGCAUGAGAGCAGUAGUUCAAAUGCUGGAGGAGGCUGAACCUGGUAAACUUACUGAUAUCAUUGUUCAUAAAAAUGGUGAAAGUAGGCCCAAUGGGAGUUGGAAGAACAAUGGCAAGUUAAUCUGAGCCUUUGAACUCAUCAUCCAGUAAUGGUUGAAGAUUGAUUUUCCAUGAAGUCAAGGAAUUUGAAACCCUGAGUAAGCACUAAGCACCAGGAAGACUUUUUCUUUUUCUUAGCUGAUAGAAGAGAGCAAAGUUACUUUCAACUGUAGCUGCAGCAGAUUCUCUGGCUGGCAAUAGCAGAUGAAAAAUAUAAUUAUGUUGGUGUCUUUUCUUCCUUUGUAUUAUAGUUGCACCAGUUUUCUUUCAGAAUCAAAUAAUGUAAUCAAGGCUCUUUUCUCUGUUAACCGGCUGAUGUACAAAAACAAAUGCUAUCUUUUGGGACAAAAGUGCUAGUAGCAUAAAUACAAAGCUAAAAAACUACAGCAUAAAUCAGUGAUGAUAUCA